AUGUUAUCCAACUGGCUGCAGACUGUGAGAACCUCCACCAAACCCAAGACUCACGCGUUCAUAUGGAGAUUCGGGAGUAUAAAUAGAGGAUGGAGUUAGAGAGUUCAGCACAGCUCCAGUUUCUCCUCAAAGAGAACUAACAGAAGACACACAGCCAUGACUCCAGAUAUCACUGCAGCUAGGAUCUACUCCAGAGAACAUCUUCCACUUACAAAUAAGUUCAGAAAGCCAGUAGUGGAGAAGAUGCGUAGAGAACGUAUGAACAGCAGCAUUGAGAAGCUCAAGUCUCUCCUGGGUCAAGAGUUCCUAAAGCAACAGCCUGAUUCCAGACAGGAGAAAGCCAACAUCCUGGAGAUGACAGUUCAUUUCCUGAGACAACAGCAGCAGUCUCAUAUGGACUCUCCCUGCUCUACUGUAGCUAAUGAAGGCUACACCAGGUGUGUGCAGGAGGCCAUCAACUUCCUGUCUCAGUGUCAAGUGCAGACUGAGUCCCAGAGAAGACUGCUGAAACACCUCCUCAGCAUGCAGCCUUCCUUGGAGAAGAGCAGAAGUGUCCUGCCUCAGCUCAGCUCUCCAGCCUGUCAGAUCAACAGCAAAGAGGAGACUCCAGCAUGCAGUGCACUCUGGAGGCCCUGGAAGAGCCACCAAUGCCAUGCAGGCCAUGCCUGAUAGUCAGUGGCAUGGACAGUUCAACAGUGUAACUGUUAUUACAGUUAAAGAAGAUUAGUAUUAAUUUUACUGAAACAUUAGGUUUCUGUUAUCUGUAUUCCUGUUUGGGAAAAUAUUAUAAAGCUUAAAAGAUUCCUGUCUUGAACAGGCCAUAAUUCUGUAUCUCUCAGGAGUGCUUUUUUUUUUUUUUUUUUUUUUAAAUACCCUCCUAUUUUGGAAGGAUAGUACUUUUUAAUAAUAUUUUGUGAAAACAUCUCAGAUUGAGAUUAUGAGAUAUAGUGUUUAACUAUGGUUUUAUCUGUGAAUCGAUCCAAUGGAUCAUUUCAUAUAUUGAAUUAACUUGUAAGCCUGAAACAUUUGUUUCCAAGUGCCUUUCCUCUGUCAGCAAUGAUUCCUGUAUUCUUGAAUUUAAUCGCUGGAAUGUUCAUAAAUUAGAAUGAUAA